AUGUGUGGAAUUUUUGCCUAUCUCAACUACCAUGUGCCAAGGACUCGCAAAGAGAUCCUUGAAAUCCUCCUCAAAGGUCUGCAACGUCUGGAGUAUCGAGGUUAUGACUCUGCUGGUGUGGGGAUUGAUUCUGGAAACUACAAAGAAUGGGAAUCGAAUGCAAAAACUAUUCAACUAAUUAAGCAACGUGGAAAAGUAAAGGCUCUUGAUGAGGAGAUUCACAAACAGCAGGAUCUGGACCUGGAUGUUGAGUUUGAUGUUCAUCUUGGUAUCGCACACACUCGAUGGGCGACUCAUGGUGUGCCAAGCCCAGUUAACAGCCACCCACACAGAUCAGACAAGAGCAAUGAGUUUAUUGUCAUACACAAUGGAAUUAUAACCAACUACAAAGAUUUGAAGAAAUUUCUGGAAAGCAAAGGAUAUGAGUUUGAAUCAGAGACUGACACAGAGAGCAUCGCUAAACUGGUGAAGUACAUGUAUGAUAACAGAGAAAGUGAUGAUCUUAGCUUUGCCACUCUUGUGGAGCGAGUGAUUCAGCAGCUGGAGGGUGCUUUUGCUUUGGUCUUCAAGAGUGUCCAUUACCCCGGACAGGCAAUUGGCACACGGAGAGGAAGCCCUCUGUUGAUGGGAGUGAGAAGCGAUCACAAGCUGUCUGCUGACCAUAUUCCAGUGAUGUACCGCUCUUCUGCAAAAGAUAAGAAGAGCUGCAGUGCUCUGCAGAGGACUGACCAGGACACCUGUCUGUUCCCUGUUGACGAGAAGGCUGUAGAGUACUACUUCGCUUCUGAUGCCAGUGCAGUGAUUGAACACACAAACCGGGUGAUCUUCCUGGAGGAUGAUGAUGUGGCUGCUGUUAUGGAUGGCCGGCUGUCUAUCCACAGGGUCAAACGUACAGCAGGAGACUACCCUGCACGAGCCAUCCAGACCCUGCAAAUGGAGCUGCAGCAGAUCAUGAAAGGAAAUUACAGUUCAUACAUGCAGAAGGAAAUCUUUGAGCAGCCAGAGUCUGUGGUCAACACAAUGAGAGGAAGAGUGAAUUUUGAAAACAAUACAGUGACUCUUGGUGGAUUGAAAGACCACAUCAAAGAGAUCCAAAGAUGCAGGCGCCUGAUCCUUAUUGCUUGUGGCACCAGUUACCAUGCUGGCGUAGCUACUCGACAAGUGCUGGAGGAGUUGACAGAGCUGCCUGUGAUGGUGGAGCUGGCCAGUGACUUCCUGGAUAGAAACACUCCUGUGUUCAGAGACGACGUGUGUUUCUUUAUCAGCCAAUCAGGAGAAACCGCAGACACGCUGAUGGCUCUACGCUAUUGUAAAGAGAGAGGGGCUCUGACCGUGGGCGUCACCAACACUGUGGGCAGCUCCAUCUCCAGAGAGACCGACUGCGGCGUCCACAUUAACGCUGGUCCUGAGAUCGGAGUGGCAAGUACCAAGGCCUACACCAGUCAGUUUGUGGCCCUGGUCAUGUUCGCCCUUUUGAUGUGCGACGACAGGAUUUCUAUGAAGCCAAGGCGCAGAGAGAUAAUCCAGGGGCUCCGAGUACUUCCAGAUUUGAUAAAAGACGUCCUGAGUUUGGAUCAAGAGAUCAAGAUUUUGGCUGAAGAGCUUUAUGAGCAGAAGAGUGUACUGAUCAUGGGCCGUGGAUACCAUUACGCUACGUGCCUGGAAGGAGCACUGAAAAUUAAGGAGAUUACAUACAUGCACUCGGAGGGAAUUCUGGCCGGAGAGCUGAAGCACGGUCCUCUCGCUCUCGUGGAUAAACUGAUGCCUGUUAUCAUGAUCAUCAUGAGAGACCACACCUACGUCAAGUGUCAGAACGCCCUGCAGCAAGUCAUCGCACGCCAGGGUCGCCCGAUCGUGAUCUGCGAUAAAGACGAUUAUGACACAGCGAAGAACUCGAGCGGCACCAUCAGAGUCCCACACUGUGUGGACUGUCUGCAGGGCAUCCUGAGUGUCAUUCCCCUGCAGCUGCUCUCCUUCCACUUGGCUGUGCUCCGCGGAUAUGAUGUGGACUGCCCGAGAAACUUGGCCAAAUCGGCGGCCGAGAGCAGCUGGAUGAAGAAACCUCAGAAGGCUUUGUGUGUUUAUCUGUAUCUCUAUUUGACCCUCCUGAAGAAUGCCCUUUCUUAUGUGCUAAUGACAUCAUUCAAAGAAGCUAGUUAUUUUGCAGUCACUGAAAAGAUAGUUGUUUAA